AUGGAGCUAAAACCCGGCCUUUCAGCUCUGGUCACUGGUGGAGCUUCUGGAAUUGGAAAAGCUCUUAGCUUGGCUCUUGGAGCGAAGGGAAUAUUUGUGACGGUGGUCGAUUUAUCUGAAGAAAAGGGAAAGGAAGUUGCAUCCCUUGUUCAGAAGGAGAAUGCCAAGUUCCAUACCAGUUUAGGUUUUCCAUCUGCCUUGUUUGUGAAAUGCGACGUGACUGAUGCAGGGAGACAAAAAAGCACCUAA